AUGGCGGAAACUGGUUUUUCGUUGAUGGUUCCGAACACGAAGAAGAAGAAAAAAACCGCGGAAUUUUAUUCUUCUUCUCCUUCUCCACUUGCAAUUUUUUCCAGGAAAAGUUUGAUCUAUGAUAGGCUUCCUUCACAGCCUUUAAGACUCUCUGUUCUCAAAUUAGACGGUUCUUCAUUCGAUAUUCAAGUUUCGAAGAAUGCAACUAUUGCGGAGCUUAAGGAUUCAGUGGAAGCUGUUUUCAGUUACAUGCCUCAGAAUGGUCCAGGCAAAAUUUCAUGGCCACAUGUUUGGGGACAGUUUUGCUUAUGCUAUGAUGAAGAGAAGCUAGUUAAGGAGGAGGAUUAUCUUAGAAAUUAUGGUGUCAAGGAUGGUGACCAGCUCAAUUUCAUCCGCCAUGCAUCAAAUAAUUGCGGUGUUCAAAGAAAGCGGUCAAAGAAAAGAGUUUUCCAUUUGAAACAACACAGGAGGUCACAAGUGAAUUACUGCAAACAGAAAGGAAAUAGUGAUGAUGCUGAUGAUGAUAGCAUUGGUUCUGAUGAGAAUGCAGAGGUCAAGGAACACUCUAAAGAAGUGCAUGUUGCAAAGAACAAGAUAACUGGCUUUGUGGGAGAUUUGUUAUCCACACCACUAGCAAUUGUGAGAAAAACUAAAACUCAAAACCAGAUCUUCCCGUCGACAAUUUCAAGGUGUUUGCUCGGCAGUUUCAGAAAGAUUAGAAGGAUUGUUUGUUUCGGAAAGAGACAGCAGUAUUCUAUAUGGAAACGGUACUAA